GAGGUUUGGGCUGCCUGGCUCUUGAGGACGGCAACAGUGCAGCUGCUGAGAGUGCUUUCUGCCCUCUGGUGGUGGCGGCACGAGAGCCACCAGCCCUGCCAAAGCCCUGGCAGGGCAGAGAGGGUCUCUGAGUAUGAUGGAUGGAGGCACUUUCUGGAGGAUUCUCAGGAGUAUCAUGGGCAGCGUGUUGGAAUGUGCUGGAGGAUUUAUGCAGUAGACUUUAAAAAGAAUGCUUUUUAGCAUUUGCAAGGCUGACAUUGAGAGUGACUUCUGGUAAACUCCUGCUUGUUGAGGGAAACUGAAUUUAAAGAGAGCACAAGAGCUGUAUGCUUUUUGCUUGGCAGGGCGCAUACACCCAGAUCCGAAGUUUUGGUGUUAGGAUCUGUUUGCUCCAACAGACUUUGUUUUUAAAAGACUUUUCUCAGCCAUGGCUGUCUGCUCUAGCACAAUGCUGGAAUGAAUUCCUUGUGAAAGAGGUGGGCAGGUGUGAGGGAGGGUGUCAGCGAGUGGUAACCCACACCUAGGAGGAUUAAAAGAAAACUUGCUUUUGGCAUGCUUGCUUCUUACUCAGUUUUAAAAUACAUUUUAAGUGCUUUUCUUCUUCCCCGCCUGCCCCCACCCCCCAAAUAGAAGAAGCAUUUCUUUUUCUUUAAUGUCAUUAAGGUUAUUGGAUAUGAUUUUCUAGAGAGGGAAGAAUGAUGGUAUUACCUAGUGUGAUUCUAGCAGUUAUCCUAACGCACACAAAUUUCUCCUUGUUCUGUGUAAGAUGCUGUAUUUAAUAUUGAAUAGAUAUUAAAUAUUAUUUACUGGUGUAUUUAAUGGCUGGGGCAGGGCUAAUUUUGUAUACUGUGUUGCAUGUUCUCAUCCCAGCAGAGUCAGGGGAAAUCCUAGUAACUAUACCAUGAGCUCUGUGAGGGUGAGGUGGUAUCUUUGCCCCCGCCUCCCUGGCACAGUAACUGGCACAUGGUUGGCAUAGCGUGGGCAUUCAUCAAGUGAAGGAAGGCAUCGUAAGCAGGUCUGUGGCCUGAAUCCUGCUGUCAGCUGCUCUCCAGGUGGCCCUGGCACCAGGCCGCAGGGAAGCUCUCUAGGCUGGUGCGGUUCCUGUCUGUGGCUGCCUUCCUGGGCCCAUGUCAGGAGACUUUCACUUCUGGAGCCCUUUCCCUCUCAGGGCCUUGCUUACCAGGUGACUGGUUCCCAUUUCCUGUGAGCUCUUAGGUCAUUGAAGAUCUUGCGCACUCCCCUCCUGUGAGGGCUGCCUUUUCAUCACAGCUGCUGGAAGCCUCAAGGAAGAAGCAGACCUGGAAACAGACCCCAUGCUGUUGUUUCUGUUCCCCUGGGGCAGACCCAGCCAGGGGAAGAGACUCUGGGGCAAGGGCUGUGGUCCUCCUUUCACAAGUGUCUGCAGCAGCCUCUGAGCAUGGACUCUUGCCUCCAAGCGUCCACCUGCUCAUCAGAAAAAUGGGAGUACCUGCCUGGAUCAGUUGCUGGGAGACGCAGCGCCAGCGCACAGGACACACUUAGUUCAUGGACCGAUGUCGUCUGUGUUGACUGCCCCUUCAGCUGGGCGUUGAGCCACACCUUGGGGUCACCACUCUUUGGAGACCAAGUCUGUUACUUUUUCCUCUAAAGUGACAAUCCUCUGAAACUUCCAGAUCAUCUUAAAGCCCCGUCUGAAAGUUGCCCAGAGCCAGUGCCUCACCUGCUGUUCCUUGUUCACUCUUUCACAGGAGGCCUUGCAGGGCUUUAUGACAAGAUUUUUGUGGGUGGCUGCACAGCAUCAUUGUGACUCGUGAGAUGGCGAGAAACCAGUUGUAACCAUAUAGACAGUGGAAGUGACAGGGACAUCAGUGAAAAGAGGUGGGGGGACUCUUCGAUCCUAAGGGACGUGAAGUCUAAGCAGGUGCACCCUGAGGGUUCAGCCUCAAGCCCAGGGCCUGGCCCCAGGGCAUGGUGUUUGUUGACUGCGUGCGUGGACCCUGGGAGAAAGUCUGAAAAUUAAUGUUCCUCUUAGAGGUCGAUGACUGGAAGGUGACUCUAAGUGAACUUGGAACUAGUGAUUUCUGUACAAAUGAUUCUCUGAGAACCAUCAUGAGAAUUUUUCUCUUUCAGACUCAAGAAACUCGAGAGAUCUUACAUUUCCACUAUACCACAUGGCCUGACUUUGGAGUCCCCGAAUCGCCAGCCUCAUUCCUGAACUUUCUUUUCAAAGUCCGAGAGUCGGGGUCACUCAGCCCGGAGCACGGCCCCGUUGUGGUGCACUGCAGUGCAGGCAUCGGCAGGUCUGGGACCUUCUGUCUGGCUGAUACCUGCCUCUUGCUGAUGGACAAAAGGAAAGACCCUUCUUCUGUUGAUAUCAAGAAAGUGCUAUUAGAAAUGAGGAAGUUUCGGAUGGGGCUGAUCCAGACAGCAGACCAGCUGCGCUUCUCCUACCUGGCUGUGAUCGAAGGGGCCAAAUUCAUCAUGGGAGACUCUUCCGUGCAGGAUCAGUGGAAGGAGCUUUCCCAUGAGGAUGUGGAGCCCCCACCUGAGCAUGUCCCCCCGCCUCCCCGGCCACCAAAACGAAUCCUGGAGCCACACAAUGGGAAAUGCAGGGAUUUCUUCCCAAACCACCAGUGGGUGAAGGAUGAGACCGGGGAGGAUAAAGUCUGCCCCGUCAAGGAAGAAACAGGAAGCCCCUUAAAUGCCACACCCUACAGCAUGGAAAGCAUGAGUCAAGACACUGAAGUUAGAAGUCGGGUCGUGGGGGGAAGUCUUCGAGGUGCCCAGGCUGCCUUUCCAGCCAAAGGAGAGCCGUCACCACCCGAGAAGGAGGAGGACCAUGCUCUGACUCACUGGAAGCCCUUCCUGGUCAACAUGUGCAUGGCUACGGUCCUCACGGCCGGCGCGUACCUGUGCUACAGGUUCCUGUUCAACAGCAACACAUAGCCUGACCCUCCUCCACUCCACCUCCACCCACUGUCCGCCUCUGCCUGCAGAGCCCACGCCCGACUAGCAGGCAUGCCGCGGUAGGUAAGGGCCGCCGGACCGCGUAGAGAGCCGGGCCCCUGACGGACGUUGGUUCUGCACUAAAACCCAUCUUCCCUGAAUGUGUGUCUCACCCCUCAUCCUUUUACUUUUUUCCCUUCCCCUUCGAGUACCAAAUCCACAAGCCAUUUUUUGAGGAGAGCGAAGGAGAGGACCCUGCUGGUGGCGCAGAGGGAAGGGGCCUGCACCCGUCCCAGGGGCCCCCCCCUCAGGGCUCCUACCUGGAGCAGCCCAGCGGGUGGCACACCAACAGCCCCCCUCGAAUCUGCAGGGAGCAACUCUCCACUCCAUAUUUAUUUAAACAACUUUCCCCUAAAGGCGUCCAUAGUGCACUAGCAUUUUCUUGAACCAAUAAUGUAUUAAAAUUUUUUGAUGUCAGCCUUGCAUCAAGGGCUUUAUCAAAAAGUACAAUAAUCAAUCCUCAGGUAGUACUGGAAUGGAAGACUUUGCCAUGGGCCUGCUGCGUCAGACCAGUACUGGGAAGGAGGACGGUUGUAAGCAGUCGUUAUUUAGUGAUAUUGUGGGUAACGUGAGAAGGUAGAACAAUGCUAUAAUAUAUAAUGAACACGUGGGUAUUUAAUAAGAAACAUGAUGUGAGAUGACUUAGUCCCGCUUAUCUGCUAGCUCUAGUUCUCGAUCACCACUCCCCCAAGUGUAUUAGAAUGCAUGUACGGUCUUCUUGUGCCCUGAUGAAAAUUAUGUGCUUGAAAUGAGAAACUUGGAUCUCCGCUUACUCAUGUGCCCAUGUCCAAGUCUACCCUGCCUGUGCAUGACCUGAUCAUUACAUGGCUGUUGUUCCUAAGCCUGUUGCUGAAGUCAUUGUCACUCAGCAAUAGGGUACAGUUUUCCAGGAAUAGGCAUUUGCUGGAUUCCUGGCAUGACACUCUAGUGACUUCCUGGUGAGGCCCGGCCUGUCCUGGUACAGCAGGGUCUCGCUGUAACUCAGACAUUCCAAGGGUAUGGAAGCCAUAUUCACACCUCACACUCUGGACAUGAUUGAGGCAAGCAGGGGACCCCCCUCCCCCACAUUUGGGAUCAGCCUCCACUAUUCCAAGUCAGCACUCUACUUGAGCAAACUGUGAUUUGGAAGAGAGGCAACUGCUGGAAACCACACUUCUUAAACAGCCUGGGUGACGGUCCCUUAGGCAGCCUGCUGCCGUCUCUGCCUUGGUUCACCUUGCCGAGAGAGGCGUGUCUGCCCCACCUUCGAACUCUGUGGGGGGCCCGCUGGUGCUCACGACUCUUCCUGCAAAAGGAACUGAAGACCUCCACAUUAAGUGGCUUUUUAACAAGAAAAACACGGCAGCUGUAGCUCCGGGGCUACUCCCUUGCCAGCAUUUUCACAUUUUGCCUUUCUCGUGGUAGAAGCCAGUACAGAGAUUCUGUGAUGGGAACAUUCGAGGCGUCACCCCGCAGAGCUGUGGUGAGGUGUGGAUAGGGUUUAGGUGCCAGGCUGUAAGCAUUCUGAGCUGGGCUUGUUGUUUUUAAGUCCUGUAUAUGUAUGUAGUAGUUUGGAUGUGUAUAUAUAGUAGCAUUUCAAAAUGGACGUACUGGUUAACCGCCUACCCUGGAGAGCGGCUGGGGCUCUCCAGCCUGUUCCCCGGAUGUUGGAGAGGUAGCGAGCUGCUCUGCUAUAUGCCUUAAGCUGAUAUUUACUCAUCAGGUCAUUAUUUUUUACAAUGGCCGUGGAAUAAACCAUUUUUACAAAAAUAAAAACAAAAAAAAAAGCGAGGUGUUUUGGUAUAAUACCUUUUCAGGUGUGUGUGGAUACGUGGCUGCAUGACCGGGUGGGCGGGGGGCAUGUCUCAGGGUCUUCUGUGACCUCACAGAACUGUCAGACUGUACAGUUUUCCAACUUGCCAUAUUCAUGAUGGGUUUGCCUUUUAGCUGCAACAAUAAAAAUUUUUUCUAAAGAACAUGAA